ACUUGAUUUCUUAGUAAAGAUUAAAGAAGACAGAAAUAAAAACUGAGAUUAUCAACGAACGAAGAAGAAGCAAUUAGAGAAGGCAAAGAUCGGCGUAGUUCUUUCUUGCUUAAACGUCGAAUCAAAACCCCAACCAACGAUGAACAACUGAUCAUCAACUUUCUUCCUUCUUGGACAGUUCUAGAUUCAUCAGGAGAAAUCGUCUAAUUUCACAUGGAAGGCAUCGGAACUGAUGGCGUUUCAGAGACGUCGCCAAUGGCUAAGUGGAAGAAUGAUUUCUCUAGAGUAUUUCAGCAUUACUUGGAUCGAUCGACCCCUCAUAUGCUUCACAGGUGGAUAGGGACGGGGGUGGUUACCAUGAUUUACAUUCUUAGAGUUUACUGCGUGCAAGGAUUCUACGUUGUUUCCUAUGGUCUCGGGAUAUAUAUAUUGAAUCUUCUCAUUGGUUUUCUUUCGCCAAAGAUCGAUCCAGAACUUGAAGCCUUGGACGGAGCCUCUUUGCCUACCAAAGACUCUGAUGAAUUCAAACCCUUCAUUCGUCGCCUUCCCGAGUUCCGCUUUUGGUAUUCCAUCACGAAAGCUUUUCUAGUCGCCUUCAUGUUAACCUUCUUCUCUCUUCUCGAUGUACCUGUUUUCUGGCCCAUCCUGCUUAUCUACUGGAUUGUUCUGUUUUUCCUCACAAUGAAGCGUCAGAUUCAACACAUGAUCAAGCACAAGUAUGUUCCAUUUGAUAUUGGCAAACAGAGAUAUUCCAAAAAUAGCGAAAAGCCCAGUUCAUCAAGAGACUGAAGCUGGCUGCUGACUGGCUUGGCUUGGCUUUCAUUAGAUGACUAUCUUCCCUUCCUUUUAACAUGAGUAUGUCUUUCUGAUAUAGCUGACAUAAUGGUUUAACCAUGAACUUGCAAAAGCUACAUACAUUUAGUGAACUGGUAAAUGUUAGUAAAUCUUCUUCAUAAGUUUUA